AUGCCUGUCCGUCUACCACAGGCCACUGGCCUCUACAAAUGCCCCUCAUGCGCCGCCCGCUCAUCUCCUCGCGCCUUCUCCGUCUCGACAGCUCAGCUGGCCCUGGGCCCUGAAUCUCCUCGCUACAUGGACAUCCCCCAGCCACCGCAGCAGACUCUCCCGGACAAGACACGCCUCAAGGGUAUUCUGCCCGUCCCUCGCGAUGUCUUUGCUGGCCAGGACCCCAAAGCUCCCCUCAAUCUGGACAAAGCAACCAAGGAACCCUCCCGCUCACAACUUCACAAUGACCCUCGCUCUGUUUGGAANGAGCGCAUGGCCGCUUCGCGAAGGAAGAACCUGAAAGAAGGCCUCAAGGCUCUGCAGUACCGUAGAGUCAAGUCCGACGACCAAAGGGCCACUCGCGCCACCCUCCGCCAGCAAGAACGCGAGGCCCGUUUGCAUCUCCCCGAACGCGAAGACGAGCGUCUGACUGCCCCCUCGGUCGACUCCAACCUCCUCAGCCUUUUGCANAAAGGGCCCCUACAAGACCCCAAUAGAGAAGCUCGUCUGGACGACAUGCGUGAACGACAUGCUUUGAAGCAGGCUGCUCGUCAAGAAGACCGCCGUGAUGCUCUGCACUCUCUCUACGUCAAUGCUCGCGAGUUUAUCGUCAACGACGCCCAGCUCAACACUGCCAUCGACAAGGCCUUUGGUACCGUUGAUCAGCCCCGUGCCUUUGGCCAGAACGGUGCCAGCAUCUGGGACAACACUCCAAGCGCCCCCAGCUCUAUCGUCGACAUGCUCAACUCGGCAACCGCCAGAGGAGUUCGUGGCGGUGCUCUCAACCAAUCAGCCAUGAACAGGGAUACUGCCUUGACUGCUGCUAGGGUUCGCAGAAUGGCUGCAGAGCUGACAGGAGGUCAAUUACCGUCAAAGUCCUACUAG